AAAAAUAGAUAAAUAUAUAAACAUAUAUGUAUAUAAUUUUGUGUACUAUUUGUUUUCCUUAAUUUUCGUAAAUUUCUCACAAUUUUGAUGAGUAACAUUCAUCGAAUUAUGUGUUAUUCAUACAUCCCUUAGAACUCCGACGCAGACACUCAAAAAAUGUGUGAAUGUGAAACAUGUACUGAGUUCUCGAAGCUACUGAAACCAUGUAAGUUUACGAGAUAUUUCUUUAGAUAUGUUUUCUUAUUUAACUAUUUUUACAUUUUUACAGAUAGAGAUGCUAGUGCAAAAAAUGAUUUUAGCUGUGUAAUUCUAUCAAAAUCUGAAGUCAAUCAGUUGAUUGUAUUUGUACAAACUUUUAUGCAAAGGUAAGUAAAUAACAAUCGAAUGUUUAAUGAAUACACCAAUACUAAUUUUUCUUUUGCAGACAAUGUCUUGGUGGAUUUCAAGAUAGAAAAAAUUAUGAACAGUUUCAAUGGAUUACACAAUGUUUUGUUUUAUUAAUGACUAAUUUGUUAAAAUCAUUUAAAGGACAAGAUUAUAUUAUAUAUCCAGCUCGAGAUGAUGAUGAUGCUGAGAGUAAUCGUAAAUGGGAAAAUUUAUUAGCCAAUUUCAAAGAUGAGGGUAAAUAUUUAUCCAUUUUAAAAAGUGAACUUUAAUUAUUUAUCUAAAUAAUUUUUAUAAUUAAAAAUUAAAUAUUAAGGUGAAUUUAAAAUAUUUUAAUCAAAUAUAAUCUAUUAUGGCACACAUUUUAAACUUUUUGUAGAGCUCAAAUGGACAUUAGUAGAAAUGGAAAAACCAUUACAUCUCAUGACAAAAGUAUUUUUAAUGAAUUUUCCAUUAUAUGUUGCUGUAAAGCAAUAUCCCCAUUACAAAACAGAAGAAGUAACUCAACAAGAAGCAUCAGCAAUGAAUCAUUAUUGCGAUGUUCAGGAAAUUGAUAUGCCAUUAUUACUUCUAAGAACUGUCAAUAUGUUUUGCAGGUACUUAAUUUAUAAUAUUUCUUAUGUUUCAUUUGUUUACUACGUUGUUAUUUAGGGUCGGUGGUAUGGAAGCGAUUAUGUCUUGUUUUGAUUAUGAAUCAUUGCCAUUAACUAUUGCCAAUCCAAUUGUUAUACUUGCUUGUAAUGUAAAGCUAUGGUUAAAUUAUCAUACAAAUAUUCAUGUAUUUGUUCCAUUGAGGUCCAAAGUUCUUAGGUUUAUGUGUAAUUUAUCAGAUAAAGAACUGAGGACUCCCGCAGCUAAGACUAUGGCUGGUAAAUGUUUUGUUUUUCAAUUUUUAAUGUAAAUUUAAGAUAUUUUACUUUUUUUUUUUUUUUUCUUUUAAUAGAUUUUAUGUGGAGUUCAAACAAAGAUGGUCAUACUUCAAAUUUAGAUAAAGAUGGUCUUGAACUGGCAUUCAAGUAUUUUACAUCACCUACAUUAACCAUGAGGCUAGCUGGCAUUUCUCAAAUUAAUAGUCAUAUAGGAUCUUUAAAUGAACUUGUUCACGUAACUGCAGCAACAUUAUCAACAUCAUCACAAUCUAAUGACAUGGUUACUAUUGAACAAAUUGGACAUAAUUUAGCAACAUGGCUCGUGCACCGUAAAAUUAUAUCUCAUGUAUUUGGCCCAAAUUUACAUGUUGAAGUAUGUUAAAUUAAUUAUUUGUACAUUAUUUCUCAAUAAAAUUUGUAUUUUAAUGAAUACACUUAUACAAUUAUAAACACAUUUCAGGUAAUCAAACAGUGUAGUAUCACAUUAAAUUUUUUAGCAUCAGAAGGUAAGAUUACUAAUGAACAUAUUGACACUAUUUGGCAAGCUGCACAGUUAAAACAUUGUAGUAAACAAGUUUUUGAUUUAUUACCUGGAUUUAUUAAACACUUAGAGCCAGCUCCUGUUUUACAUUUAUAUCAUUUAUUGAGAAAAUUAGAACCAAAAGAGCAUACUGAACAAGUAAAUUGACAUUUAAACUAAUUUUAAAGUAUUCAAAUUUGAAUAAUAAUAAUAUUAUUAUUUGUAUAUUCCAGAGUUUAUUUUUAGCAUCAGCUCUUACAAAAUUUAUUUGGUCAAGUAUGGCAACUACUGCAAGAAGUCAUGAGUUCUCAAUUCCUAAAAUAUCAAGGAUUGUAAAUAUACGUGAUGGUCAUAGACUAGUCCGAUCUAAUGAUAUGAGUACAUCAGAAAAUAGUGCUAGUCUUAAUAGUAAUUCUGAAGGUGAAUCAAGUGAGGAACGAAGUGAUAUUAGUGAUGGACCAACUCCUAGAAAAAAACCUAAAAAAGAUAAUAUUUUUGUUUAUUCUGAUAAUGGUAGGAACAUUUUAAUACAAAUUUAGAAUUAUGUAUACAUUUUUCAUUAACCCUUUUUAGAAUCUUUGAUUUUAGAAGGAGCAAAAAUUGAAGAAUUAGAUGAUGAUUUUGAUAUCAAUGAAAAAGAUAUUAUUAGACCAUCCAAACCAUUAAGUAUGUGUAAAAUAAGACAUUGUGUCAGGAAGAAAGCAAUCAGGGAUACAAGAAUGAGAGUUAUGAAAUCAUGCAAUUCUAGUGAUGAGGACUCUGAUAAAAUUCAAAUAAAUCAUUGUAAAAUAGUGAAAGGAAAUAAACACCAAAAGUCUAGAGGAAAAAUUAAUAACCGUAAUUUUUUUAUUACCAUCAUAAAUUUUAAUUGUUAUUAACAUUGCAUUUUUGUUUUAGACAAAAAAAUACGCAAUAUAAAAAUGAGAUGCAUUAGAACUGAUUGCACUGAAGAUGAUUCAGAAUCUGAUGGUGAAGAUGAUGAUGAUGAAGAAGAUGAUGAUGAAGAUGAAGAUAUUGAAGAUGAAGAUAGUGAGUCUAUGGAGACGAUGGAAAUUGGUAUAUCACCCAUUGAUCCUACUUCAGAUCAGCAGGUACCGUCAACACUUAUGAAUAGACAAAUGUUGGAAGAUUAUAGUGGUGACGAGAAUAGUAUGUCAUCUCGUAUGUCAAAUAAAUCUGAUAAAAAUAUGGCUGAUUUUGAUGGAGAAGAUUCAGGUUGUGAUGAGGAAUUGUUGCAACUAGCUGCACGUGCUCAGACUCAUUUGUCAACUCAACAGUUAAAUCACAUGGCAUUUCAUUCAAAUUUUCAAACUAGUAAAAAUGUGCAUCCUUGUACUCAAAAUAUAACUGCAACAAUAUCUAAUCAAUUCAAUAUAGAAAAUGUUUGCAAACCUGGUUCAACAUUGUUGUGGGAUUUACUUCAAGAUGAUAAUAUUGUAAGUAAUAUUACAAUUAUUUUUUUUCUUACAUAUUUAUGAAUUCAGUGAUGGGUCGAACCCUGAUUUUGUCAUCAAACCGAACUUAAACAAUAUUUUUUGAACCCGAACCACAAAAUUAUAUUUUUUGAUUUUUUUUUAUCAGAAUGAAUCUAGGAAAAUUUUCAUUCAAACUUGAACUUGAAUUUUUUUUCACACAGAUACAAAAAAUAAAAAAAAGUAUAUUUAUCUAUCUUACUUUGAAAAUUGGACGACGAAAUCAAAAUGCUGUAUUGUUGACUUGAUUAUUUUAUCUUCGAUUGAGAUAUCAAAUAGAAUAAUGUAAUAAAUACUUUAGUAGUCUAUAGGUAUGUUGAAUGUAACUGAAUUUACACUACUAACUAUAAAGUAUGUUAUAGAAAUUCAAUGUGUAAUAUAUAUAAUGUAAAACAUGUAGAAUAUUGCUACCUACUUAUGGGUUUACCUAAAUUAAAAAUAAAUUUUUCAAAUUUUGGUAAGUAUGACAAUAUUGAUAAAUACAAAAAUACAACCACGCAGUCUUUUAUGAGUAGAACACAAUUAUAUAAAAUAACAUUUUUACAAUUUUUAAAAAUAAUUUCUGAAGAGUUUUAAAAAUAAAAUUUUUCAAAUUAUUGAAUUUGAAAGGCAACAAAAUGAAAUGCAUGUUCAAAUAAAAUUAUCCACAAAUAUUUUUUUGUUUAAAUUGUGCACGUAUUUAAAUUCUGAUUUUUGGAAAUUUUAAGUGUAGUUAAAGCUGGUACUUUGAUUUUUCAAAUGAAUACCUAUAUUAAAAAUACUAUAAAUAGAUGGAAUAUUACUUUAAAUAAAUUUUUGAUUUUCUAAUACAGAGAUAUUUCUCUCUUAAGUUUAGGUAAGAGGAGAGUAGUGGAGCACAAAUAAAACGUCCCACGCUCUGCCGCCACACAAAUUAUACUCUGUUAUUCUCCCCCUUGACAGAAAUCAAAAAUGUUGACAAUUAACUAUUUUUAAAGUAAUACUCAGGUUAUUUUUGGGUUUUUUUAUAUCAUUUUCAUUUGAAAAACCAAAGUUGGUAUCGUCGAUAAUCUUUGAAUAUUGUGAAAAAUCUAAGUAUUCAAAAAUAUGGGUUUGAACUCCACUUAGAAAUUCCAAAAGUCAGAAUUUGAAUAUAUGCAAAAUUUAAUUAAGAAAUAGGGUGAGCAUGCUUAGUAAAUUAUUCUGUAUUAUAAUAAAAUCUUAUAUUAUCUAUAUACAUGGUGAUUCUUUUAUCAUAAAUCAGCAAUUUUCAUAGAGGAUUUUAAGUGAUUUUGAUUUCUGUUUUGAAUCAUGAUAUUGUUUUAAUUUAGGAGAACGCUAUUUCCUCAUAUGCUUUCUCAGUCCAACUAGCAGGCACUGUAGCAAAAUCUAACUUAAGCAAACUUCAUAGAACUCGCUUAAUUAUAGGAUAAAACGCAUCGUCUUGUUCUCCGGAAUAUUGUCUUAUUUUAAUUUAUAUAAUAAAUGUUAUUACUCUAAAACCAAAAUUAAGCAAGUUAUACUCAGUCUGUAGGGUAGAUUUUGCUUUAUUGCUCAUAGUUGGACUGAGACAGCACAUUCGGGUAUAGCGUUCUUUUAGUUUUAGCAAUUUCCCAGUUUUUCAUCCCUACUUCUUAUAUUUAAAAUGAAUAUCCAUUGUGGAUUUUAUAAUAAAACCCUCCUUUUAAUCAUUUAAUUAAAUACAGAACAUUUUUCUAAACAUUUUGGUAUGUAUAAAACUAAUACAAUAGUUACAGUUUAUGAGUUAUAAUAGUUCAGGCAAUGAAGAGUUAUCAAUUUAUCAUUUAAAAAUUGAUAUAUCAUUUAUUAACCUUACUUACUAUAACAGUCUAAACUUGAAACUGAACAAUUAAUAAACGGUAAAUCUGAUACUAGUGAAGAUAAAAAUGUCUAGACAAAUAAUUUUUAUUCCUAUGUGUAUUCAAAAAUAGGGGUUCCAAUUUAAAAAUCCAAAUGGGACACGCAUUUCAGGUAUAAGGAAUAGUGUUAAAAUUUAAAAUGGUUUUAAAAUAAAAUCUAUACAAUUUCACAAUAAUGAAAAAAAAUGAGAAAUAAAAUUCACUUUAAAUACUUCAUGAAAACUUUUAGUUCAUGAUAAAAGAAUCACCCUGUAUAAGUGGCUUUGAUUUAUCUGAUAAUCAAUGUGACAAUCAAUGCAUAGCCUAAACUAUUAUAAUCACAAGAUAAACGUAAUAUUUUAAGUUCAGGCUCAGUAUGAAUUUAAGAAGUUUGGUUUGGCUACAAAAUAAUGAGUUUGACCCAUCUUUACUAAUUAUAUUAUUAUCUAAAUUAAGGAGGCUAUAUUAUGUAUGAAUUUAUAUCUGCUUAAUUCACAAUUGUCUGAACCCCAAAAAGCUAAUUUUGAGAUUUUUACAUUUCAUUAUUAGAAAAAAAAAAUUUGUGUGUUAUUUGAAACUAUUCUCACUUUUAUCAGAUAAUUAUUUUAUGAUGAAAUCAAAUCAUUUUUUAGAAUGAUUGAAUACUAUGAUACUAUGAAUCAGUUUUUUAUCUUUUCUGAAAAUAAGUCAUUUUAAAGUUAUGACAAUUGUGAUUUAAGUCAAUGAUAUUGGUUUUUUGAUAUAUGUACUAUGAAAAAGUUCUUAAAGUUUGAUAGGUACCAAUGCCAGGUAUGAUUAGAUACAUAUCAUUCAUAGGUCGAAACAUACCACUUUUUACAUAACAGAUACUCAUUGAAAGUUUUAUUUGUAUCAAUACAUAUGCCUAUCUUCAUUCAAAAUCUUGGUAUUAUUCAAAUUAAAGCACAAAGUGUGACUCUUUAAAUAUAAAAAUUAUUUAAUUUUGAUGCAAAUAUUUUAUAAUAACAACAGUACACCUAUCAUAUAAUAUUGAAGUAUUUAAAUAUAUAUUAACAUGACAAUUGCCAUGGUAUGUAAAACACAAAUAAUUCUUCAUUUAAGUAAAUUUAAGAUCAUAAUUAUAAUUUUACCGUUCUGAAAAAUGUAUUAUUCUUUUCCAGAAUCAUUGUUGUAACCUAGAUAUAAAAGUGUAUGUAAGACAAUUGGAACAAUAAAAAUGAACCCAAAAUGCUAAAUUCUCUAGUAUAAAUCCUUUACUUAUUACUUAUUCUACCAUAUUUUAAAAAACAAGAUUAUAAGAAAAGGAAGGAAUGUGUUUAUUUCACACUGAUUUCCAUGUACUCAAUAUUGGGGAAACAAAGAAAACAAAUAUCAGAAGAAACAAUAUUUGGGUGUAUGUAGGUCUGACAGUUUUGACAUUGGGGUAAACAACUCUUAGUCCUAUAGGGUAAUUCAACUUUAAUUUUGGUGUACAACAUUAAUGACAGAUUUAAAAUUUUUCUUUUGUUGGUAUUGGGCAUGAGGUCCACGAAAAACAGUGAAAGCAGGCGUCCAUUUUUAAUAACAUUCACAAUUCAACUGGCAGUGACAUAAAUCACAGAGAACAUCAGAUAUUUCUGAGAUGAGGGUCGAGUGGUGAAGAUUUCUUAUAAUUACCUUAUAAGAUCAAUAUGUUGGUGGUAUGAGUGUGAAAAAAGGCAUCAGUGGCUAAAAUGUGUUGCAUAAUUAUAUUAUAAUUAAGACUUCCAUGAAGGCAGACAAUAAGAAAAAAGGUUGAUGGUGAUGACUAACAUGAGAACCUGUUAGAGCCAGGGAGCUAUACUAACGUGUUUUUGAGAACGGACAAUUUUUAAUGUUUAGGACACAAAUUGGCAGAAGAGUGCUCAUAUGUUGUCAUGUUAAGGGGAAAAAAUAGUUUUUGUUGAUUACUUUGGAAACAUCGCAGAUGUCAAGUUCAAUUUCGUUAUCCUCCUCUGACGCGAGGAUAGCGAAACAAUUUGGUGAAGUAAAUAGUUUUGAUUUGUUGACAAUGAAGAAGUUGAGAAAUUUCUUUUUAGGGGUAUAGGUGUGCACGGAGAGACUAGGCACGCUUUUUUAACACUUUUGUUGUUCAUAAUACCGUUAUAAAUAAGGAAAGUAUUUAAUAAUGGUCAUAAUAAAUAUACAAUUUUAUGAGUGUACACAGAAAUAAUGGAGUGAAACCAUACAGUACAAUGUGCGUGUGUUCAGGUUGAACGUAAUGACCAAACUCUUUUGCGUAGUUUUUUUAGUAAAUAAUCUGUGAAUACAAUUUUUUGACCAAAUAAAAAUGCUUGACAAUUUCACCAGAGGUUCAUUUACAAAAACAAAUUUUUCUUAGUUUUACUUAUAAAAAAAAAAAAAAAUUAAUUUGAGUGUUAUGUAGUAUUUUUUUUAUAUAUAGAGGCGUUUUAAUAUCAAAUUUUCGAAUACGUUUGUAUAAGUUCUAAUAUGAUGUGUAUGUUAAAUAAUUCAAUAUUGUCAAUUUAUGUAUCUAUGUUGUAGUCUAGUGGUGGUUAUGUACCUGAUGCCAUCCCAGGGAUCACUAGUUCUAACUCGAGUUCUGUAAAAAAUUGUUUGCAAAACUACGUUGGGUAGGUAACAGGGAUAAAAUAAAUGAAUUUUAUUUCAAAAAUGAAAUUGAAUGAAAUGGUCUACAUGAUUAUUUAAAGGUUUUAAAAUCAAAGUUUGAUGAAAAACAUAAAUAUUAUGGCUUUUCAAAACAUGUAUAACUGAAUUUCGCGCCAAAUGAUUUUUUGUUAGUAAUAGUUUAUCAUUGCUUACAGAUAUCAAUAAAUAAUUUUAUGUAGCCCUCCUUUCCAUUUUCCUAUCUACUACAGUGGUUACCCGUCACCAGUAUCGGCUCUUUUUUGAAAAUUUUAAAUAUUUUAUGAUCAAUCAUAACCAAGAUUUUAAGAUAUUUAUUAAUUUUGAGUUAACAUUAAAAGCAUUUUUUGAUGAUAUUUAUUUUUAUUUUUCAGACACUGUUAGGUGAAUCAUUAGCUUUAGAAGCAGAAAAAGCAUUAUUUAAUUUAGUUUGCUUUAAUACUGAUCGAGCUAUUAAAAUGAAAUUCAUUGAAGGCUGUUUAGAUAAUAUACAAAAAAAUAAGUAUGUUUUAAUAUUUAAAAAUUAAGUAUAAUUUUGUAUGUAAUAAUAUUGUGUAAAACAUUUAUAUUCCUUUAUAAUUAAUUUUUAACUUCGAUAAAGAUAUAUCUCUGUAGUGAAAAAAUUAUAAUAAAAUUUGUAUAUUAUUUUUUUUUUAGAUCUGUAGUUAUUUCAUUAAGAUUAUUACCUAAGUUAUUUGCAUCAUUUCAUCAAUUCCGUGGAGCAUCAUUGGCUAACCUUAAUGUUGGAAUGGAUACUCGUCAAGUGACUUUAUGGGCUGUAAAACAUCAUAGCAUGAUAGAUCGAGUGUUUAACAAUUUCCGAGAGUAUUGUAGACAACAUGUUGAUAAUUUAUUUGAAGAUUCAGGAUUUUACUCUCAUCAAGUUCAUAUAGAAGCUAGAUUACAAUUUUUGACUCAUAUUUAUUCUUCUAUUGGACUUCCUGAUACUAUUAAGUAUGUAUCCAUGUGCUUUAAGUUAUAAUUGACUAGAUUUUUAUUAUCUGUAUUAUUUAGGUUAACUAUUGAUGAAUUGGAUACAAUAUGGAAUUGUUUAGUGUCUGAUGACAUUUGCCGAGAUGAAUUGUUUAAUUGGUUAUUACGUCAAGUUCGGUGUCGUGAACAGCAUACUUUUAAUGUUGAGACUUUGACACAUUUAUAUUGUGAACAAUUAUUAUCAUUAGCUCCAGAAAGUUACACUAUGACUGCUCUUAGUUUAUUUACUCAAUUAUGUAAUAUGGCUCAACAACAAGUGUCUAGUGAUUAUUUAUUGCUAGCAAGAAAUGGCCAUGCAGCUGCUAUGGAACAUCUAUCAAGAAUUGCUUUAAGAGCAUCCAAUAAUGGUUUGUAUCAAAUUUUGAAACUUGAAUUAAUUGAUAAAUACUUUUUUUUACAAUAAAUUAUUUAUUUUGAUAUUAGUUAUUUAUUACUAUUCAAAUUUGUGUUUCUAUAUCAAGAAGUUUCAUUGUAUUUUUAAACUAUGAUAAUUGGUAAAAUAUUAAAGUAUUUAAUUAUUUUAAAUUCAGAUGUUAGCAUGGCAGCAAUUCAGUAUAUUAAUAAUUAUUAUAUGAUGAAUUUACAACUUGAUAAAGAAGACAAGUUUAUAAGUGAGUGUAUAUCCAAUUUGUCCAUAGCUGCUGAUAAUUUAAAUGAUAAAGAAGAAUCCAGUCUUCUUCGUAUACAUCGAGCAUUAUUAUUAUUAAAAACUCACUUAGAAACAUUUAAGCGGAAGUAUGCCUUUCAUUUAAGGAAAUGGACAUUAGAAGGACAUGGUAUUAUUAGUCAUGUAAUUCAAAAUGAUAAAAAUGCUACAAUUGUUAGAUUAAACAUCAAUCCUGCAAUGUUGGAUGAAAAGUUAACUCUUGAUAUGCCUAAUACGGAUUAUAUAGCUGAUAUGAGAGCUGAAAUUGCACAUUGGUGGGAGACUCAGUAUGAUAAUUUAGUUGCUCGAAAAUUGCCCACAGAUGGUACUAUACGCAUGAUUGCAUUAGGACAAGAAAUAUCAUCGGAAUUUGAUGAAAAAACUAUUCAAGAAACCGGAUUAAAAGAUAACCAAGUAAAUUAUUUAUAAAUAUUCUAGAUCACUAAUUCUUGUUCUUCUUUACCUUCAUUCUAACUACUUGGAAUCAGCCACUUUUCAUCCUAAACUUCAUUUCAUUUGACUGUUAUUUUUUUUUUUGAUAAUAAAUUAUUAUUAUUAAUUGGGGCUGGUCACCAUCAUCCUAAACUUUCAAUUGACUUGUCCUUCCACCUCGCAUGCACUGGCUGUAUUUAUAUCUUCCUCAAUUAUAUCCAACUACCUCUUUUUCAGUCUUCUCUCUGUUCUCCCAUAAUUUUCAUUACAAUCCUUAGUGCUUCUGAUUUAUUUUUCUUCAUGACAUGCCCACAAUGUCUAAGUUUAUUUUCUUUCAUUUUGUCUAAGCAAUACUUAGAUCUAGAGCUUAAUUGUUUUUUAAAAUUUAUUUUAGAUCAUAUAUUUAUCAUUGAGUUCUUCGCGUAAAAAGAAACUUGGUGAUCAAGAUUUACCGGGAUCUACACAAUUUAUACCAGUUAAAGAAAGUUCACCAACAUUAUUGCUUUUACGACCUAAAAAUUUUGAAGUUUUAUUUCGUCUGAUGCAGACUCUUGGGUCAAUGAAAGAAAUUGAUGAAGAAAAAGUAAUUUACUCUUAUUUUCAAAUUAAAAUGCUAAUAAUAAUAUAAUUAAUAUUGUUUUAUAAAAUGUGUCAUUCAUUGAAAAAUAUCAAUUUUUUUUAUAUAUUUAAAGCUAUUAGUAUUUUAUGAAAUUUUAAUAUUGUUAAUAAUUAACAGUUAGAACCAAUUUUAUGAUAUAAGAAUAAACUCAAAUAUUAACUUCCAUCUUUUAGUUCUUUAUAUACACCAAUGUUAGAAAUUAAUUAACUUUCAAUAUUAUUAUUAUUUAUAGAAUGAAUUAUUGCAUUCAAAAGCUCAAGAUUUAUCUAGAAGUGUAUGGGAUAUUUUGACUAUAUUGCCAACUAGUCCUACUAUGUUAGAAUGUUUUAGACAUUUUCCCACUCAUGAAACAGAAGAUGAAUGUCAAGUUUGGUUAAAAAAAGACUUGGAUCCUUCUAAUUUACAAAAAUUAAUGUAUUCAUUAUACAUUGUUGAAUCAUUAAUUCAAAUGGGUGUUGAAAAAAAUUCAGAUGAAGACGAAAUAUUAUCAGAGGUAAUAUUUAUUCUCACAUUUAUACAUUUAUUUUGUUAUUGAUUAUGUAUAUUUAUUAUGAUAAUAUGUUUCUCUGUAGAUAUCAUCCAAUGGAGUACCUAGUUCGUGGGGAGAAUGUUUUAUUGAAAAAGGAGGCUUAGAACAUCUUUUUACUAUUCUGUUGUCUGGUAAUUGGAUAUUUUUUUAGAUUCUGAGUGGAGCGAGUAAUGUAUUGGUUUUACAAUGAUGUUAAUUUUUAUUUAAGAUAACUUUUCUACCAGUAAUUUGCUCCGAUUUACAAUGAUAGCACUUUUUCUGAAAGGUAAUCUGACUAGAAAGGUAUUUUAGGGAGGUUAUUUUUGAUUUUUCAGGAGUUUUCCUAAUAAAUGGGGAAAAACAUGAAAAUAGGUACAAUAUUAAACAAAUAUUAUUAAAGAAAAUGUUUAAUGCAUAUUUAAAUAUUUUACUAUUAUAUAUAUAUAUAUAUAUAUAUAUUUUUAAUAAAGCAACACUAUCAACCGAACUCCGCUCAGAAUCAUUUGUCAUUGGCAAUGGUUAAUUUUUGUGUACAGAUAUACAUUAGAUUGCUAUGUAUAUCCCAAAACAAAACAAAACUAUAUAACCUUCCCAACUUUCCACCUACAACAGUUACUGUACUUGUCUGCAUUAUCCCAGGACAGCUUUUUUUUUUUCUUUUUUUUUUGUAUAAUCACUUCUUUUGCUAAUUAUUUUUAAAUAUUCAACAGGUACACUUCAGGGUAAUAGUGAAUGGCAUCAAGAUUGUUUGGCCCAUUUACUUAAAUUACUGUGUCUACUUGGUGUUCCACCAAAUGACAGACGACAACUAGAUCAGUUUGAAGGAUUGGGUUUUGAUCCUUACUUUCGACCACGAAAAGCACAUACAAAAAAACAAGCUAAUCUUGUUGUGCCGAAACUUAAUAAAGUAAUUUCUAAUAAAUCAUAUGCAUACAUAAUUUUAUUGCUACAUAAUAACUUCUAUAUUUUAAGGAAAUGUUGAAACUUAUGGAGAUUGAUUUGGUAAUACCAAGACUGAUGAGUAUUUUAAAUGAGUUAUCCUAUCCUAGACAUUCAAAAGAAAUAAAAACUGGAUAUUGGGGUCGAGCUCAAGUUAUUCAUUUCUUAAUGACUUUGGUUUUGUCAUGGUCUCAUAGUGUAAAUGGUAUUUGUGAAGCACUUUUGGAAUCUAAUCAGUUUUCAAUGUGGCUUUGCAAUCUUGUACUUGAAGAUCCUGAUCCAUUAGUUAGACAUGAGAUUUGUGUUGCUUUAUAUAGACUUUGUGCUGUACCUCCAGCAAAUCGUACUGCUACUACAUUACUUCUAUCUCAAUUAAUCAAAUUCUUAGAUAAGGCUGAAUGUAUGCAACCACAAAUAAGACAAGAAGUUAGUUAUUAAAUUGUUAAGUUUACUAUUUGUUUUAUGUAAUAAAAUUGUUUUUUAGAACUCUUUAAGGAUACUCGAUGAAGAUAAAUUUAAUUAUGGACCAGCUUGUAGAGAUUAUUUUUGGCUUAUGUGUCGACUUGUUAAUUGUUUACCAAACGAUAUUAUUCAAGGUAAAUUAUUAAAAUAUAUUUAUAAAUCAUUUAUAUAUUUUAUAUUGUAAAAAUUGUGGUGUUUUGUAAAUUUCAGAAAGUAUAAAAUUUCCAUCUAAAUGUAUUAUUGAUAUUGAGGCGUUGGCAGUACGUGUUUGGGAAUCAAUUGCUAAUAGGGAUUUUAUUGAGACACAUUAUAGUGGUCUGCAAGACGAUGGUUUGAUUGGACUAUUAAAUUUGAUGUCAAAUAUAUUAGGACAUAAACCACCUUUUAAAUUUAGUAAACAUAGUCAUAAAGUUUUAGACACAGUAUGUAUAGACAAAAUUGAAAAAAAAAUUGUUACAUAUUUAUACUUGUACAUUUUAGGUUUUUGAGUUUCUAUUUGCAUUACCAGACCCACAAAAUAGACAGUUACCUAAAUGCAAAUCAGAAAGUGCUCGGUCUUCAGCUUAUGAUUUAUUGGUUGAACUAGUAAAAGAAACUCCAAAAAACUAUGAAUAUUUGUAUAAAAAAUUAUUAGAACAACAUAGUAAUGGUAAUUAUUUCAAGGCUAAUACACAAAUAUAUAUAUAUAUAUAUAUUAGUAUUUAAAUUUAAUAUUUAUGAAUGUGUUUCAUACAUAAUUCAUUUUAUUGGAUUUAAUUUACUAGAUUUGAUUUACUAGAUUUAAGUCGUCCUCCUUAUUUAUGGGAUUAUUGGCCUCACGAUGAUGGUCGAUCUGGUUGUGGAUAUGUCGGCUUAACAAAUCUUGGUGCUACUUGUUAUAUGGCAUCAUGUAUGCAGCAUUUAUUUAUGAUGCCACAAGCAAGGCGUUCUAUACUUGAAGCAAAAUGUGAUGAAUCAAAUAAACAUGCAUCCAUAUUGGUUGAGUUAAAACGAAUGUUUGCCUAUUUAUUGGUAUGAUUGGUUUAUUAAUAAUUAAUAAUAUAAUUUAUUUAGAAUUCAUUUUUGAGAUAAAUUAAUAGUUUAUAAAUAAAUAGUAGUUUUCACAGUUUAUAUCGUUAAGAUAAAAAUAACGCUUUGAUUUAUUGGGGAGAUUUUAGUUUUAAUGUUUAAGAAUAAUAGUUAUAUAUAGACUGUUCCACAAAGAUAUACCUCUUGAAUAUUUCCAGAGAUAAGAAAGAUAAUCAAUCUCUAGUUUUUUUUUAUAUUACUCACAGGGGUGCGGUCUAUAAAUAUUCAUUUUUUUGUUUUUUUUUUUUAAAAAAAUUUAAAAAAUUAACUUUAUUCAUAAUUCCAGAAAUGUUUAAGAUAGCCAUUCUAUUUAUUGUUCUGAAAAUUUUAAUGUAUCUCACAUUUAUAUCUGAUGAAUAGUUUCUAACAAGACAGCUUUUUAAAUUCUAUUAAUCUGUGUGACCGAUGUUAUUGCGUAAUGUGAUUCUUGUUAUUCCUUAGAUCAGUGUUACCCAUCUUAUGGAUCACAACACAAUAUUGGGUUUGUGAAAUAUUUUUGAUGGGUUGUGAUGAAAGAAAAAUAAAUUUUAUUCUAAUAUAAUAUAAUAAAAAAGAAAAAUAUAUAUAUAUAUAUUAGUAAGAAUAAUGGGAAAAUAAGCAAAUGUAAAAAACCAAUAACAAUAAAAAUGAGAAAAAACUAAAAAUGUACGAAUUAUAUGUAUUAAGUUUAAACAUAUUACGGCCUUUUUCUUUCCUUCAAACAACUUUUCUACCAGAAAGUUUGCUCCAAUUUAUAAUGAUUCUGGAAUCAUUCUUUUUCUGGAAGGUAAUCUGACUGGGUAUGUACUCGUAGAAGAUAAUUUUUUGAUUUUCUUAAUAGUUUUCCAAGUAAAUGUGAUAAGCCGGGAAAAAACGAGAAAAUCGAUACAAAAUUAAGAAAAUAUACUAUACCUGUUUGAUUAUUUUAUCAUAAGAUGACAUAUAGUAAAUUGUUGACAAAGCAUCUUGAAAUUGAAUCUUGAAUUGAACUCUGUUCAGAAUUGUUUUUUCAUUAGUAAUGGUUCAUUGUUCCUUACUGAUGUACAUUUAAUACUCUUUUGUAUCGUACUUUCCUAACUUUUCACCUAUAACGAUGGGAAAAUUGUUUCAAUAUGGGUUGCAUACCCAAAAACGAGUAAAUGUUUGGGUUGGCCUAAUAAAAAUGUUGGCAACCACUGCCCUAACUUCGGUUUUCACAUGGAUAAGUAGAAUUUAAAACGACUAUUACUUAGAAAUUUUUCUCUGGAUAUUAAUGUGUGACACAUUCAAAUUUUCAGAAAAAUAAACUUAACAGAAUGGCUAUCUUGAAAAUUUCCUAAAAUAAUAAAAUAAAAAGUUUAUUUUCUUAUUUUUUUGAUAAAAAAAUUAUAUUUAUGGAAUGAUCAAAUCAGUUAAAGAGAUCAACGUUCCCACAUACUACUGAAUAAAUACCUAGUCGAGUAUAUAUCUAUAUUGACUAUAUUGGACUAUAGAUUAUAUUGGUAUUCAAAAUAAUCAAAUAUUUCCUUAGUAUAAAUUUAAAAAAUUAUAUUUGGUACAAAAAUGUUAAUUCACUUAAAAAUGAUGAAAUAUUGAAGUUGAAUUCCAAGAGAUGACUCUUGAAAAGUUUUGGAUGAAUAUAUUUAUGCAGAAUAUUCAAAAAAUGAAAGAAAAAGUGCAUUCUUUUACUAUUUUAAAUAGUGAAUGGUUAAAAUGGCUUAAAUUUUCAAAAUAAUUUAGUAGUUUUUAAUUUACAAUUUUUUAACGUAAAAUGUUAUUAAGUUUCUGUGGAUAAUAUUGUUUUGGAUCAACAAAAAUACUUGAAAAUUUAUUAUGUAGUUACAAUGGAAUUAAUCAUUAAGUUGUACUUAUAUUUAACAAAUAAAGUACUUCUGAGCAUAUUAAGUUGUCUGUCUCUUAGAAAAUUGAGAUAAAUAACCAGACAAAUUAUGGUAUCUUUGGUUGGAUAUGAGAAUAAGGACACAUAAGAAAUGUAGUGUUUUUUUUUUAUUCGUAUUUUAUUAUAUUUAAUUUGUGUAAAUAACUUAAUCUUAGAUCAAUAAAUGAUUUAAUUUGUAAUCUUAUGCUAUUUUAUAUUGUAUAGUCAUAAAUUAUUAGCUAUUUUAUAGUUAUAAAUAUGCAUAAUUAUAAUAAUUGUUUCUAGGAAAGUGAAAGAAAAACAUAUAAUCCUCGCAGUUUCUGUAAAGUUUAUACAAUGGAUCAUCAACUGUUAAAUACUGGUGAACAAAAAGACAUGGCUGAAUUUUUUAUUGAUCUUGUAUCUAAACUUGAAGAAAUGACACCUGAAUUAAAAACCCUUGUUAAAACUCUUUUCGGAGGUGUCAUUAGUAAUAACGUUGUUUCAUUGGUUAGUAUUAAAUAUUCCAAUAAUAUAUUUUUUAAUGCUGUUUCUCUGAAAUAUUUAAAUGACAAGUACUUUGUUUUGAUAUAAAAUUAAAGUAGUUGGAAAAAAUUAUGAUAAUUUUAGAAUGUACUAAACUAGUACUUUAAUAUAUGGAUUAAUGUAUGUAUAUUUAUAUAUGUUACCGUCAUCAUCGGAAAUUUCUGUUAUUCUAGUACUGAUUAUGUCAGAUCUGUCAUAAGAUAAUGUCAGUAAAACUAAUGCACACCUAUUUUCAGUAAUUUUUUAAUUCAAUGAAUGUCAUUUAUUAUCAAUAUUUAUGCAUUACAAUUUUGAAUUUCUUAAACUGGUUAUCUAUUUGAUUGGUUAUGAAACUUUAAUCUCUAAUAUAAACUUUAAUUUAAAAUAGUUGUAUUAAUUCAAUUAUAUAACAGUUGUACACUUCAGACUUGGAGCAUUGAGCGUUGUUAGUUUUUAUUCUGUAUAUUAAUACAUUUUAGUAUUGCAUUAUUAUUAUAAUAUUUUUUUUUUUUAAAGAAUUUAAUAGUUUUAAUAAAUAAAUUUUAAACUUUUAAAUAUUUCUACUAGUUAUUAUUAGUAAUGACUGUUUGUCAACAUUGGUGGUAACAAAUCAGGGCUAGGUAAGUUAAGUAAGUGGCACAUGCUCACUCAAACAGGAAGACAAAUAAACUUAUAUUAUUUAUAACAUGUCAUGUAGUUGUAAUAAUGUGUACUUUUAUAUCAUAUACAUGUUUUUUGAGAUAUAAUAUAUUCCACAGUCUUUACUGUAUAACAAUUUACAUUAAAAAAAGAAUUAUACAUUAUUUUCAUAUAGCCAGUAUAUAAUUCUUAUUGUAUGUGGUGCUAAGAUUAUAAAAAAUAACUAAACUAAAGUAUAAGAUAAAGGUUUAUACAUUCUGUUUGAUUCAAAAAGUUGCUACUGAUGUGGCCCUCUUGUUAGUUAAUGCCAAGUUGUCAAUUGUGCAUCCUGGCGUAGCAUGGGCGCACUGUAGUAGAUAUUUGAUUGAAUCUCGCCACAUUCGCAUAUACCUGGUUCCUCCUGGUAUCUCCAUUUCACCAUGUUUGUUUUUGUUUUAUUUACCCCUAUUCUUGAUCUGUUUAUUGUCUUCUAUAUGGUUCAUAGUUGUUUUUGCUGGUCUGGGGAAGGGUCUUGGGUUGCGUUUGAAAUUGCAAUAAAACUACUUCGGGAUGUAUGUCUUUUUUGGGGUUCUGCAUAGGGCCUUUAUACAUGGGGUGCCUUUGAUCUCUGGUUUGUUUAUUUCAAAAAAUCACAAGGGACUGUUUUUGAAAUUUUAGAUAUAGUUAGUGUAGUUAGGAAGUCAUUUUUUUAAUUUUCUGUAUAGUUUACUUAGUGAUGCAGAAAAAAAAAGAGAAUAUGGGUAAGUUUAUGAGAUCAACACAGUUUUAUUAUUUUUUUAUUUAUUGUUUUAGUUUUAAUUCAGUUAAAUAUAGUCUUAGAGAUCUGUAUUUUUUAAAGAAUACUUAUUUAUUACCAUUUCUAAAAUUGGUGAAAUUUUCAAAACAUUUGAGCAAAUUUUUGAAUUAUUUAAGGUUUAUUUACAUAAAGUAGUGAUGCAACAGUGCUGCAAUUUCACAGUAAUCAGUGUUUCAUUUAACGUUAGUAUAGUGCAUUAUAGGUUUUUAGAAAAUCAAUAUCUAACUAAAAAUCACUGUCGUGAAAUAAUAAAAUAUCGUCUGCAAGAAAUCUCAUAAUGAUGGUACAGUAACAAAAGCACCACUGCUUACAACUGUAGUCAGGUACUGUUUAAGUAAGAAUAAUAAGCGUAUCUUUCCUUUAAGAAGAUUAUUAAUUUUGUUUGGGGAAUCCCGGAACAGUCGUGGCACUGUCAUGUCAGUGCUAUUUAUAAAUAGAUUUUUAUAGGGCAUUUAACGUUUUUUAGUUUUUAUUUGGUAAGUCUAGUUUGUCCACUACAAGUGGGUAAAAUUGUUUGGUCCAACAGAAAUACUUGAAAAUUUUAUCAAUGAUUUAUUGCAAAUUAUAUCUGAUUUAAAAAAAAUAUGUUUUAAUAUCAAAUUUUGACAAAAAUUGUAAGAAUUAUUGCAUUUUAAUACAUAUACAACUGAACUUAAUGUAUCCUAUCUUCUCAAUUUCCCUCUUACGACAGUUUUUUUACUAUUCACAAUUAUUUGCAUUUUAUUUCUGGAUUUUACAGGAUUGUGAUCAUGUAAGUAGAACUUUAGAAGAGUUUUAUACUGUAAGAUGUCAAGUAGCUGAUAUGAGAAAUUUAUAUGAAUCGUUGGAUGAAGUAACCUUAAAGGAUACUUUAGAUGGGGACAACAUGUAUACUUGUUCUCAAUGUGAGAAGAAAGUUCGCGCAGAAAAGAGGUAUCUAAUUUAAAUUAAAUUCUAGCAUAUUUUUACCUUAACCUGUAAUUUAAAUUUCAGAGCUUGUUUUAAAAAAUUACCUCAAAUUCUUUGUUUUAAUACAAUGAGAUAUACAUUUAAUAUGGUAACCAUGAUGAAAGAAAAAGUGAAUACCCAUUUUUCAUUUCCUAUGAUACUUGACAUGUCGGGAUAUGUUGAAAAACAUUUAAUGCCCCAACAUUAUCUUGAAGAAAAAGAAAUGAAUGAAAAUGAUGGAACAGAGCAACAAGAAGAAAACUAUCAAUAUGAACUUAUCGGUGUUACAGUUCAUACAGGAACAGCAGAUGGUGGACAUUAUUAUAGUUUCAUAAGAAAUCGUGAGCGUACAAAUAGGUCUCAAACUCCAAGUACUGAUCAAUGGUAUCUUUUCAAUGAUGCCGAAGUAAAAUUAUUUGAUGCUAGCCAACUAGCAGCUGAAUGUUUUGGAGGAGAAAUGACAGUAAUAAAUAUUUAAUAUUGUAUUCAAAAAAACUUAUUGUACAGGAUGUCUAACAGAUAAUAAAUUUCAGAGUAAAACGUAUGAUUCAGUAACAGAUAAGUAUAUGGACUUGAGUUUUGAGAAAACAAACAGUGCUUAUAUGUUAUUUUAUGAACUUGUUAAGCCAACUGAUCCAGAAGUAGAAGAACAUAAUAUCUCUAAUGAUAUAGAAAUGUGUCCUCCUAUAAAAUUAAAUAGUGAGUUGGAAGGAUGGAUUUGGCAAGAUAAUAGACAAUUUUUGCAAGAUAAAAAUAUAUUUGAAAGUGCUUAUUUUCAGUAAGUUCUUCAAUAUUUUGCUUAAAAAUGUAUUAUUGUAUUUAUUUUUUUAAUUUUUAAGAUUUAUGUGGCAAAUAUGUUGUUUUAUUCCACAAUCUUUACAAGAAACAGAAGAAUUAGCUGAACUUGCUACAAAAUUGACAUCUGCAUUUUUCUUAGAAACAUAUAUACAUGCUAAAGAACGAGUAUGUAUUUUUGUAUUCUGAGAAUUCUGAUUAUUUUAUUAUUUUAUUAUAAAUUUACAGUCUACUUUAAUCCAAUGGACAGAAUUAUUAACCAAACAGUUUACUGCUUCGCAAUCUGGUUCUGAGUGGUUUCUGCAACACAUGGGUGUUGAAGGAUGGUGGCCCCUUAACAUUUUAAUUAAAUGUCCAAACCAAAUAAUAAGGCAGACAUUUCUUAAGCUGUGUUUACAUGUGAUUCAACGCACUAGGUAAGAGCAUUUUUGUUUCAUUUUUGAUUUUGACCAAAGUGAGAUAAUUUGGUAAUUUUUAGAUUCUGAGCGGAACGAAGAAUGUAUUUUGUUUUACAAUGAUGUUUAUUUUUUUAUCUGUAAUAAAAUUUUUUACGAGCAAAUUUGCUCCAAUUUACAAUAAUAGUACUUUUUCUAAAAGCAAAUCUGACUGGGGUGGUACUUUAAGGAGGUCAUUUUUUGAUGUUCCCAGCUGUUUUUCAUAAUAAAUAGGAAAAUAAGUACAAUAUUAAACAAAUAUUAUUAAAGAAAAUAUUUAAUGCAUAUGUAAUUGUUGUUUUUUCAUAAUUUGACUUAAAUAUUGUUGACCAAGCAACAAUAUUAACCAAACUGCACUCAGAAUCUUUUUUUGUUAGAAAUGAUAAAUCAUUGUGUAUGUAUACACAUACAUUAAAUCCUCCUCUACUUUCUCAACUUCUCACCUACAAUAGUGUCCCACCUACGUGCGAAGAAUGUAAGUCUAAAUAUAUUUAUUUUUUUUUUGGUAAUAUUUAACAAAGGUAAUUAUUCAAUAUUGUCCAAAAAGUAUAUAGGUAACAUAUAAUGUUUUUAUACUUCUUUUAAUAGGGUAAAUUUUAAAUAAUAGUAUAUAUAAAGGUAUUCUUACACUUGUGUGUUUUCCUCUUCAAUUUUCAAUUCAACUUGCCUUUCAACAUUCAAUUCCAAUUUCUUCAAGCGUAUGCCUUUAUUGAACGAUUUACAGUUAUGUUUUUUUCUGUUCUCACCAGCAACGCCACAAAGCAGUCGUCUCCUAGCUUGUUAACAAAAACAUGUCGGAUUCACAUAAUAUACUUCUUGGUGUUAGUGCAGCAUACUUAAUUAUUGCAAAUGCAAAUAAAAAAAUUAGGAAGAAGCGUUUUUUGUGGAUUAAAAAUAGAAAUUACGAAGUUAUAGAUGAUUUGCAAUUAGAUGAAUAUAUUUUAUUUAUUUUUUAAUUUUUAAAUAUUUUAAGUUAUUUUAGUCUUCGGUUUCAGCUAUUUUAAAACAAAUAAUCUAAUAUUUUUUAAAACAAAUAAUCAAAAUUCAAAAUGAAAUCAAAAAUAAGGCACGGCGUGAGGUACAGAUUGUAGCGUGCGUCACUAAAAUAUAGUCGUUCAACUUGAAGAGGCAUGCAUUAUUACAUGCUUUUUCAUUCAACUCAUGGUGCUUAUGCAUGUAUCUAAGGCACAAAAAAGCGCAAAAAUGUAAACAUACCUUAAUAUAUAAACUAGCUGUCCCACAUUCAGCGUUAUCUGUGCCAAUUUUUCAUUUUUUUUACCUUUCUUUCAAUUUUGCUUUAAAUGUAUCAGUAUACUAAACAAAAAUAUAGGUGAAAAGUGGGUCAGUGGCAAACUAAAAAUGGUCUAGUGUUUCAUACAUUGUUUCAUUUGUUACCAUAGAUUCCUGCACAGCUCAGGGAUUAAACUAUAAUAGAUUUAUCCACUAUAUUAGAUUUGUUAAUUUAAACAAAAUGUGUAUAUUUUUUACAUAGAAUUAACACUAUGUAUUUUCACAUGGAAUUUACAUCGUAUGUAGAUUCGACACUUACUCAUUUGUUAAAAAUUUGUUUUAUUAUACUGAUAUACUCCAAUAAUUAUAUCAGUAUCUUUUAUUUUAAACCGGUAUAACAAAUUUUUUUUAUAGCAGUAUAUUAAGAAAUUUGUUGCCUUGUAGUAGUUAGUACAAAAUAUCAUUAUCAACUCUACAAUCCAUACCUAUUUGUUAUUACACCUACCUUAUAUACACAUACCUUCGAUAUAAAAGUCAUUUAAAUCUUUCAUCUUUAUUCUUCGCAAUUCAAUAAUGUCAAUGUGAAGAAAUUUUAAUGAAGACAAUAAUUCAAUCAUAAAUGUUAUAUGUUAUGUAUUUAUAUUUAUAUAUAUAUAUAUACACAGGGUCUUUCAAAUUUCAUGCUACAUCUUUCAAUAAAUGACUUACAACAAUAUAUAUAUUUUUAUAAUAAUAUAUAUUCUGAAAUAUUCCAUUAUCUUUAAUUUCGUCACCUUUUUUUAGGGGGUGAAUUGGCUAAAUAUUUUUGAUUUUCAAAGAGCCAACCUAUAUUUAAAAUUCUAUAAAUAAAUGGAGUAUUAGUUUAAAAUUUUAAAUACAUUUUGGUGUUGAAGUUUGUGAUUUCCGUCAACCCAUUGAUAAAAUAUUGCACUUUUAAGUUUGAGUAAAGGGGAGAGAAGUAGAUCAUCAUUUGUGUGGCAUUCGAAUAACGAUCCAUUUAGGUUAGAGAUAGCCUCUUCUUUAAUUUGAAAGUGGGAUGUCUUUUGAGCGGGUUAAUAGAUAUCAAAAAUGUCAUAACUUGUCAAUAGUAAGAAUAAUGUAACAUUUCAAAAUUUAUAGUGUCAAAAAGUUUUUAGAAAUUUGAUUUUUUGAAAAAUAAGUUUUCAUAUACCAAUAUAUUAUUAUUUUAAUACACACAUUUAUACAAAUUUAAAAAAAUUUGUUAAUAGAUAAAUAUAAAUUAUACAUAAUAGCAUUGGUUUAUAAUUUAUUAACUUAUUAUCCUGUUAAUUUAGUUGUGAACAUUUUAUUAAAUUGGUAUCAUAAAUAAUUUUAGGCCAUAUGUUUGUUUCUUCAAUAAUACCUUUAUAAAUGAUGAUAAAAGUGAACAUAUGAAACCUUGUGCAUCAUGCUUAACUUCAUUUAUUCGUACUUUAGUGUCUUUGGUAAGAAUUUUUUGUUUUUUAAUAUGUUAAAAUUUAACUUUUCAUUUUUAUUUUAUUUUUUUUUUUAAAUUAAUUGAUUAAUUUUAUGUAUUAUAGAUGGAACAUAAUAUUAAAAAUUAUAUUCGUAAUAUGGCUGAAUAUUUUUCAUUAUUACACGAAUUUAGUAAAUUGGGCGAUGAAGAAAGCAAAUUUUUAAUUGUUAUUCAAUGUAUUACAACAGUUGUUAAUUUUUACUUGGGUUUAAAAGGACAUGAAUUUGUAUGUAAUAUUAAUAUAUAUUUAAAUGAGUAAUGAUUUAAAUAAAGUGUACAAUUUAUAGAAUGAUAAUCCUAAUAUGAAUGGAAUUGAUUGCGAAGAUGAAGAAGAAGAACCUAUUCCGAUGUCAACUGCAGAUCGUAACAAACCACCUUUAUCUCUUGAAAAGUUAAUUGCUCUUGUAGUUUCAUUAGUAGAAAAAUCUCGAAAUAUUGAUGGUCAAUUAGAACUAUCAGAUAAUGAUUUAUAUGUUUUACAAGGAAUGAAGGUAAUUUGUAUUAUUAAAUUAUACAUAUAAUUAAGAUAAUCAAUAUUUGAAUGAAAUGCAUUAUUAAUUGUGUUCUAUUAAUUUCAGGGUUUCCCAUUUAUAAUUCAACAAAUUAAAGAUAACACAAAUUUACAUAUGACUAAAAAUCUUAUAUUUUCAUUAUGUCGGAAUGAUUCAUCUCACAAAAGUACUAUAUUUGCUAAUGAAAUCAUUAGCCAAAUUUUAAAUAUCAUACAAAAAAAUGUUAAUAAUUCUGAAGUAAGAUCAUUAUUUAUUAAAAUCAAUUUUUAAAUUUACGCAUAAAAAUAAUAUUUAUUAUAUUUUAGAUUACACAGCCAUUUUUCAAAAUGCUAACUUUAUUAUGUGAAGGAAGUGUUGGUGGUACAGGUAGUUUGCCACCAUUUACUGAAUUUAUAUUAAGACUUUUGUGGCAGUGUACUGAGAAUGGUCCCCAAGUAGCAUUGGAAUGGCUUGGUCUUCAAGUUCCUCGAAAUAGACAAGUGUCUGCUUGGGUACUUAAUGGUAUGGAUACGUGGGUUGAACGGUUUUUAUUAGCACACGGAAAUGCCAGAGUUCGUUCAGGUUAAUAUAUGACAUUAAAUAUUGCAAUUAUUUAUUUUAUAUUUGCUAUAUUAAUUAAUCGAUUUUGUUAAAAACUAACUUAAUAAAUUUGUAUUUUGUAGCUGCUAGUAUGUUAUUAGUUUCAUUGGUUCCAAAUACUCAAUUUCGUCAAGCAUAUAGAUCAGCACGGGGUAUGUGUACAUUACAAAAAGAAGUUUUAUUGGCGUCAGAUGCAAAAGAAACAUUACAUGAAAUAUUAAAAUUCCUUUUAAACCUCUUAAAAAUGGCUAAAGAAUAUACAGAUACAACUAUACACGGAGCUACCAAAUUAACUGCCUACUUUGUUUUACUCAAUUAUUUUUUGAUAUCAAGAACAGAAAAGUUGAUGGUAAACAUUUCUGAUAUUUUUUAAUACUUACAAGUAAUUUGUAUGGUUAAAGUUAAAUAAUGAACAUUGAAGACAAAUUAACUAAACUAAUUCUCAUAAGUAGGUCGAUUUUGAUUACUAAUAUGUGAUCAUAUAAGUUUUAUUCACAAACAUUGAAAAAAAAGAAAAAUUAUUUUGUUGAUUAAUUUAUUAUUAGUUUUAUCAACAUUUGAAUUUAUACCCUUUUAUAUGAUUAUUUUUUAAGCAUGCUCACCCCAUUUGUAUGGCUAAAUUAUGCAUAUAUUCAAAUUCUGAUUUUUAAAAUUUGUAAGUAUAUUUUAAAAUAAUUUGAUUUUUCACAAUAUUUAAGGAGUAUCCUGUGUUGAUACUAACUAACUUUAAUUUUUCAACAAGAACAUAUAUGUUUUAAUUCAAAUUGUGAAUCUGAUGAUUUUUCUGAAAAUGUUGAUUUACGUAUUGUAACCAAAAUUUGAAUGAAAAGUUUCUUGUGUUAUUCUCCGUUAAAUACUAAAUAUAGUUUGGUAAUAAUAAUUAGGUAUGCAGUAUAAAAUAACUAUUAAUUAAUAUUAAUUAGUUAAUAUUUAUUUAAGUAUACACAAACAAUUUUUUUAAUAUUACAUGUGGUUAUAUACUAAUAUUACUAAACUCAUGCCUAUUUACAAUGUAUUUAAUAGAUUAUUACCAUUAGUAUUUAAAGCAGAGUAACUCGGACAUUUUUCGUUCAAAUUUUUAUUAUAUUUUUCAAUAUUGUCAGAAAAAUUGUAUCUGAUUUACAAUUUGCAUUAAAAUGUGUAGAUACUCAUUUGAAAAACUAAAAUUGAUAUCACCACAGAAAAUUCUAUAAAUACAGUUACAAAUUUCAAUUUGGAUAAAUGCAUGCUUACUGUACAAUGCUACUGUGCUUUAAAAAUCACUGUAUUUAUAUUAUAUUUUAAUAACAAUUUAUCAGAAACCUAAAAUUGUUUAGAAUUUAUACAAAACAAAAUAAUUUUAGUCCCAUAAAUUAAAUUGUAAAAUCUCAAAUGUCAAAUAGCUAUUAAUUAAUUAAAAAGAACUAUCCGGGUUAUAAUUGUAUUUAGCAAACUGAAAUGAAUUACAGAUAGUAUAACCAGUGAGUUUCUCACAACAUUCAUAAUCUAAAAAUAAAUUAUAUUAAAAAGAACUGUAUGUUGAUAAGAAGUUUAAACAUUAAUCGUCUUACAAUAUAUUGUAAAAUAUUUGUUGAUGUUAAUCAGACAAAUUCAACAAACACUUUAUGAUGCAAUGUAAAAACAGCCCUUAAUUGUAUGUGUUAUAAUUUUACAAAAAUAUAUAUUUUAGAUUCUGAGUGGAGUAAAGAGCUUAUGGUUUUACAAAGAUGUUUUUUUUUUUUAUUUGUGCGCAACUUUUUAUUAGAAAUUUUGCUUCAAUUUUUAAGUUUAGCACCUUUUCUGAAAGAAAAUCUGUGUGUGGAGGAACUCUGGGAACAUUAUUUUCUGAUAUUCUCAGGAGUUUUCUCAUCAAAUGUGAAAAACCAAAAAACAUCAGUACAACAUUAAAAAAAUAUUAAAGAAAAUAUAUAAUUCCUUUUUAAUUAUUUUACCAUAAUAUGACAUAUAUUGUUGACAAAGCAUCACUUUCAACUGAACUACACUCAGAAUUAUUUUUUCGUUAGCAAUGGUUUAUCAUCACCUACAUGUAUACAUUAAAUUACCUAGAACAGUGGCUGCACCUUUCUCCAUUAUUCUAUGUCAGCUUUUUAAAUUUUUAAUUAAAAAGAUAGGUAUUGAAUAUUUAGGUGAUCAUAAUUUUAGUUUGUAACAAUUUUAUUAUAUUUAUUUAAAAAUUAGACAUGAUAGUUUAGUAUAAAAUGGUUGUAAUCACGAUUUAAAGUCCGUGUUCUGAAAAUAAAUGUUUACAUUUCAGUUCAUUCAUUACAAGUCUAUUUAGGUGUAUUACAGACCCAAUUCAUAGCGCUUAGACUAUUUUAAUCAAAAUAUAUCCCUCCAUUUGAUGUGCAAACUUUUUUACCAGAAAUCCUUCUCCGAUGUAUUAAGUGUAGCAUCUUUUGUGAAAGGAAAUUUUAUCUACAUGAUACUACUUUAGAGAGGUAUUUUUUUGAUUUUCCUAAUAAUUUCCUAAUAAAUUAAACAUCUAUGUUCUAUAUAAUAUGAUAAUUAUUGUGGAAAUAUUUUUCAUCUUCUUAUUUUUUUAAUUAUAUAUUACAAAACCGAUGUAACUCAAGAAAUAAGUGAGAAAUAUUUUAAAAUUAAUCUUGUGUUUGAAUAAACAGUUUUUGUAAAAUUAAUUUAAUAUAUUUAUUUGAUAAAUUACAGUUUGGACCACAUUUGGUUGAACUUUGGCAAUUAUUCCACCCCAAACUUUCUGAACCGGCUAUACCAAUUCAUCAUAAUAAACAAAGCUUAUUGAUGUUAUUCUAUAAUGUAUUGACUGAUUGCAUAGAAAAUGUUCAAAUACUUGUUCACGAUCCAUAUUUUGUCAAAAAUAUAGCAUUCAAUUAUAUAUUGUAAGAAAUUAAAAUAAAAAUGUAUAAUAAUGAAAAAUUACAUAAUUAUAAAAACAUUAUAUUUUAGAGCUGAUCAUGAUGAUCAAGAAGUGGUUAUCUUCAAUCGCACUAUGUUACCAGCAUAUUAUGGCGUUCUAAGAAUAUGUUGUCAACAUUCUAGAAUAUUUGCUAGACAGUUAGCUGGACAUCAAAAUGUAAGUUGGGCAUUCAAGAACAUAUCUCCUCACCCAACCCAAUAUGCUGCUGUAAGUAAUUUAAUUAUAAUUUAGUUUAUUUUAAUAUGAUCAAUGUUUGAAUUUUUUUUUUUUCAAAUUAUUAUUUAGGCCGUUGAUGAAUUGUUUAAGCUACUACAAGUUUUUAUAAAGAAAUAUCCAGAUUCAACAGAACAAGAAAUUGCUGAAAUAAAUCAAUAUAGACGAGAAAUAACAACAUUAUAUCUUUCGCACUUAGAUGGAAAAGCUGGCUGGGGAACAUUAAUACCAGUUGCUAAAAUUCUUUUAGAAAAUGACGAUGAUAAAUUAUUUUUUAUUCAUAGUCGUGGUUUAGAAAUGUGUUUUGAAGUAAUAAUUUAAUUUAGUAAUUAAAUAAUGUUAAUUUUUAUUUAUUGAUUGGUAUUUUAGGGUUUUCAAACAUUACACAAUAUGUACCAUGAAGCUACUGCAUGUCAUGUCACUGGUGAUUUAAUUGAUAUGCUUUCUUUAAUUGUUGAUAUCACCAAAUGUUUACAAAGGGUUCACGAACAGAAAAAAUUGGUCGAAAAAGAAACACCUCGUACUUUAAUAUUGACAUAUAAAGAAUGGCCAGAUAUGUUACGAAAACUGGUUACACUACUUAAUACUUACAAUCCUAAAGAAAUAAGACAAUCUGUUUUAGGUAAUAAUAAUCAGCUAUAUAUUAUUAAAUAUAAUCUUUUUCUUUCCAAUCUCCUUUAUUUCAUGCAAGUUGGUUAAAGUAUAUUUCAUCUUUUAAUUAUAAUAUAAUAUAAAUUUAUAAUACUUUGUUUGAAGAUUAUUAUUUUUAUAAAGUCAUAUUGGUUUAUUACAUUAUUGUGACUUAAAAUUAAUUAAUAUAAUUUACAUUAAUGCUAUAAAAGAAUUUGUUUUCUAUAAAGUACAAAUAUUAAUAUUUAAUGGUAAAAUUAACUGUAAUUAAAAUUAGUACCAUCAAAUUUACAUAUUCAUUAUCAUAUUUUAAUAUUACAAAUUAAAAACAACUAUGAAUCUAUAUAAAGUCCAAUCUUUAAUAACAAUUUACUAUUUUUCAGAUUUACUCAAAGCACUUGUUGUUAUAAUGCCAGUUGAAGUAAUUAAUGUACUUCAGCCCAUUUUAACACAUUGUCAUGCUGUUUGUAUGGACAGUAAUAAUGGAAUGCCUAUUGGCCCUUACUUUCCCCGCAGAGGACAUAAAGUACCCAUGCUUAGUUUGAAAUCAAAUACUAGGCCUAUUAGGCCUAUGGUUCAAAUGGCUUUAACACAAAACCAAUUAGAGUUGACUAAAGUAAGAAUAAUUUAUUUAAAUAUAUUAACAAAAAUGAUUAAUUUAUCAAAAUAUUUAAGGGCUGUGAUCCUUUCUAUGAUGCAGAAAUAUCUGCAUUUUAUGCACCUUACCACGAUUUCAUUGAUGUGAUGUGUCGUACUGCUGUAAAUAAUGACUGUUUAACUGAACCUCUAGUAGCACUUAAUGCUAUGAUUGGAUACGAAUCUAUUCCAUUGCAUCAUACUUAUUUUCCAAAAUUUUGGCUUGAUGUGCAUAAUAUGAAUGUAAGUACUUUAAUAGUAAAUAUUUUUCUUUGUAAUUUUUGUUAAUUAUAUAUAUUAUAUAUUAUUUUAAGGUACCCAAUUUACCAUACUUAAGAUUAUUAUCAAAAAAUAAUUACUUUGUGGAUUAUUUAGAAUCUACCCUUAUUGAAGAACGUCUCAGUUUAAAUAUUGAUAUAAUAUAUGAUUUUGUUAGAAUGUUUUUUCCAGAGGUAAUAUUAAUUAAUUAUAUUUAAGAACUAUCUAAAAUUAUUCCAAGAUUAAUUAAUUUAUAUUUAUGGUAGAUGGCUGCUAGUAUACUUUCACAUCAUACUUUUGAACUAUUGGAAAGUGUUAUAUUUAAUUUACCAAUUGACUUGGAAAAUCUGUGUGACCUUGUAGUUGAAAAAAGGAUGUUAUCCAAUUUAAGAGCAUUAAGAGUUUGCUCCUUAGUUAAGCCGCCUGUACAUGACCUUAUAGUUGUUUUAAAUAAAAUUAAAACAGCAGCUCAGAAUUUACUAGACAAAAUUUAUCCUUCGUCAUCAUCUGGUAAUUAUACAUUUUAUUAUUUACUCAUAAAUAUCUAGGCAUUAUAAUAAUAAACAAUUCUUAAGUAAGUUUUUAGAAAGAACAUACUCAUUCAAUUCAUUAUAAAUUAGUCUUAAACAUUCAAUUAUUAUAACUAUUCUGAGUGUAAGGAAGAAUAUUGAUUUCAUAAAAAGGUUGUUUUUAUUUUAAUUUUUUUUUUACUUAAAUACUUUAUACCAGAAAGCUUACUUUAAUGUAUACAAUGUAGGCCCUUUACUGAAAAAAAAUUUCUUGGGGUGGGAUUUUAAGGAAAUUAUUUUUUGAUUGUCCUGGCAGUUUUCCCAAUAAAAAGGAAAAAUUGAGAAAAUGUAUGAAAUAUAUUAGAUGAAGAAUAUUUCAACCUUUUUUUACCCUAUGAACAACUUUUCUACUUAGCAAUUUUACUCAAAUUUACAAUGAUAGCACUUUUUCUGAAAGGAAAUUUGACUGAAAAGGUACUUUAGGGAGGUCUUUUUUUGAUUUUCCCAGGAGUUCCGAGGAAAAAAACAUGGGAUAAACAUUCGAAAAAUGGAAAAAUAGGUAAAAUAUUAAAUAAAUAUUAUUAUAGAUAAUAUAUAAUGUCUAUUUAAUUAUUUUACCAUUAAUGUCAUAAUAUUGUUGACAAAGCAUCACUUUCAACUGAACUCUGCUUGUUUUUAGUAAGCAAUGGGUUAAUGUUACUUACAGAUUCAAAUUAAUUUUCCCUCUAUUCCCACCUCCCCAACUUCUCACCAACAACAGUGGCUGCACCCAUUGUGUAAAGUAUGUCCAUAUUUUUGUUAAUUUUAGUUGUAUAUACUAAGAAAUCAUAUUAUCAAUUGUUUACAGUCAUAUUUGAAAAUAUUGUAUUUCAAUAAUCAAUUUUACAAUGUAUUGUUAUGACUUAUCACUUUAAAAUCAAAUUAAUCUACUAAAUUAGUAUUUAUUAACUUUUACACUGUAGACUACUUAGAAAACUUUUCUAGAAUGAACUUUUUUUUUAUUUUUAUUAUCAACAAAAAAACAAAAAAGUGAUUAACAAAAGUGAUUAAGAGCAUAUUAAAAACUUUUUAUAUAAAUUCUAUGAUGCUAACUGUUUAUCUCUGUAUUCGAUCCUUUCACAAAACACAUUCUUGCAUCUGAACUAAAAAUAUAAAUUGAUUUUCGUUUAUAAAUAUUACUUAGUUUCAAAAGUUAGAAUAGAAUGUAAAUUAUCUCUUUUAAAAGCAAAUCUUUUUUUCAUUCAGUUUUUAAUUGUACUAAGAACGGUAAAUCUAUACUGAGACAGUUGUAAGAUGUAUUCACAAUAAUCAUAGGAUUUUUUACUUUUAGGGGGAGGUGGAACUUGAAGUAAAAAGUUUUAAAUUUAAUUACAAUUUUUUAAAAAAUUCAAAAUUUAUAGUGGUUGAAACUUUUGUUAAAGUUAUGGUCUUUUUUAUUGUUUACGAUUUUUUGAAAUUUGAAUAAUUAUCUUUUCAUAACAAUAUUGCUUAUCAUCAACAUAAACUACUAUUUUUGAUUUGUUGAUAUUACCUAUAUGACAAUAUUAUUGCAUAUUAGCUCAUUUAAAAGAAAAUCCUUGUCAUGUGCCCUGACUGAUAACCACAAUUAAAGAUAUAUAUUUAAUAGUGCUAAUAAUUGAUUAAAUAUUCUAAUAUUCACAUUUGUAACAAUUUCAAAAAAUCGUAGAAAAUAAAUGGCGAUUUUGAUUUUUUUUUUUUUUUUAAAUUUUAAGUUCCCUUCCCCACUAAAAAAUGUUUAUGUAUAAUUUCCUAAAAUCAGAAUUUGAAUAUAUACCAAAUUUAACAAAUGAAAUUGAGUGAGCAUGCUUAGUGAGUGAAUUAUUUCGCGUGUAUAAAUAACCCCCCAUAUUUUUUACAUUUUUUUUUUUUUUAAAUAAAUCAAGCCUAAGAUGGAUUUUGCAGUUUUCUAUACAUUCUCCACUCAUUUCUAUCACCAGCUAGCCUCUUAAAUUUCUUGUAAUUUGUUAAACCUGCAUCUGAAAUCACCUUUUUGAUAUAUGAUGUUCUUAUUCAUCCUCUAUCUCUUUCCAUUUUUUUCCCUUCUAUUAUUAUAUACAGAAACUCUCUUUGUGUUUCAGCGUAUGACCAAUCAUAUUCCAUCAUUAUUCCUUAAUAGUGUUGAUUAACUUCCUGGUUUCAUUUAUUUUGUGUAAUACACUUUUGUUUUUUUUUCUUUCUGUUUAAUUAAAUUGCUACAUUCUUCUCCAACACCACAUCUCAAAAUUCUCAAGGGGCUUUUGUUUGCACUUUGUUCAGUACCCAAGAUUCACAACCGUAUAGUGUGGCACUUAAAUAUACUUUUAUUAACUAUUUAUUUAAACUUAAGCACAUGUUUUUAGAGUACAUUUUCCUUCUUGUAUGAUAAAUACAAAAAAUAAGUUAAACCAGGAAAUCAAUUUUAAUUAAAAAUGUAUAAAAUACAAUAUCCAACUCUAAUGAAACAUAAAAAUCAUAGAAAAUGCAAAUUAAGUAAUAAAGAAAGAUAUGUUUUUUGUUUUUAUGAGAAAAUAACUUUAUUGGAAUUUUUCAAAAAUAAUGGAUCUCAUUACUCUAUAAUGACUGAAUGUUGCAUGUAUUUCAAUUUUUUACUGUUUAAUCAUAAACUAAUGAGUUUAUAACUUACACACUUAGAAUAAAACGGUUGAUUCAAUAAUUUUAGAUUCUAUGUGUAACAAAGAAUGUAUUAAUUUUACAAUUAUGUUUAUUUUUUUAUACUUGACUAAAAUAUUUACCAGAAAUCUUGUUUCAAUAUGUAAGUGUGGCACCUUUCUGAAAGAAAAUUGUGGCUCGAUAGUAUUCUAGGGAUAUAGUUUUUUGAUUUUCCAAGUGAUUCUCAUAAUAUCUAGGGAAACCUAGGAUAAAACUUAAGAAAAACUAGAACAUUUAUGAAAACGAUACUUCCAAACAUUUAAAAAAUUUCUGAGCUAUUGAUAGAAAUUCAGUUGAAAAUCUACGUAUGGACUUUGUAGACUUGAAUUUGGACACAAAAUUUAUAAUUACUUUUUCGAAAUGUGGUAUAAGUUUAGCUAUUUAAAUUUUUGUGAGUUUUUACCUAAUUUUUGUUCAGUAGGUUCUCUGUGCAUAAAAUUGUUUGACUAAACAAGUGCUUGAAAAUUUAACAGUAAGAGUUCAUUAAAUUGUAUAUUUUUUUAAAAAAGAAUUUUAGUAUUAAAUUUUGACAAAAAAUUAUGUGGAACAAAACUAGUUUCUGGUCCAUGCAAAUUUUUCAAUUUUUUUGUCAAUAAAGUCAAUUUUAUCCCAAGAUUGGAAGUUUAAAUCUGGGCUUCAAAAAAAAUUCAUUUUGGGUCCCUAAAGACCCAAGCCAUCAUAAUAUAACAUAUUUAAAUAUUGUUGAAAAAGAAAUACUUUUAAGCAAUCUCCGCUCAGAAUCGUUUUUUUCGUUUGCAAUGAUUUAAUUUUUGCUUACAUUAAAUUCUCUUCUAUAAUCCUACCUUACUAACUUCUUAUCUACAACAGUGAUCCAUCUAUCAUGCUAAGCAUAUUAGUCUAUUUUUAAAAUUUCACCAUUUAAAAAUUGUACAAAUCCAAUCAAAAUUGUUAUAUAAAUAUUUUUAUAAAUCUAUUGGAAAAAAAUAUAAAUAAAUAAAUAAAAAUUGAUUUAGUAAAUUUACAAUCAAUUGGUCUAAAUUUGUUUUUGUUAAAGAUUAAUUUCAAUAUCAAGAUAUCAUAUAAUCAUAGAGAAUAUGUAUUUUUUUUUAUUAGGGGAAAAUGAUAUGAAUGAUGAUGAUGAAACCGAUGAAGAUGAACGCGUGUCAUGGUUACGUCGUAUUGAAAUUACUACAAGAGAAUUUGUUGAUGCCAUUCCUUUAGCCAAACAUGAAAAUUCACAUAGCGAUUUGGAAGAUCAAGAUAUCGCUGGCCCACCAGAUAAGACCUAAUACAUGUUUUUUCUGUAGGUUAAUAACGCUGCUAGUCUUUCAAAACAAAACUGGAUUCAUAAAUUUAAAAAAAAAAGUGAAUUUAUGUUUUUUUAACAUUUAUUUGUGAUCUCCAAGUGUUGCAAAGUUUUGUUUUUUUUUUUUUUAAUUAUUAUUCAAUUGACUAUUUUGUAAAACCAAUAACUGUUGGGAUUUGUUACUUUUAUCAAUUACCCUUGGACUUUGUGUGGAAUUAAUUCCAUCAUUUCCCUCACAUUAUUCUCUUCUAUAAUUGUUUUAUUAAAAUAAUAAUAAUUUUAGUAAAAUUAAAAAUAAUUAUUUUAUUUUAAUGAAAGAACUUUUUUAAAGACUUUCGAACCAUAAUUUCUAGAUUAGUUUUUUUUACAGGGAAAUGUUGUUUUCUAUUAUCAUAUAUUGUAUAUAAAUAUUAUAAAAAACAAAUUUGAGUCUUUAUGAGUUGUAAAUGUAUACAUUGAAAAUUUAUAUUAACUGUAUAAAAUGAAAUAAAUAUUUCUAUAUAAAUGUACAAAGUAAAUAAAACCAUAAGACUUCAUUUAAAUAACUACUUAAGUUUUAUUAUGAACUAACAAAUUGUAAAAGUUUUUUGAUCCUGUGAACCAUCACUUGUACAAAUGUAUCUUCAGACUUGUCCUGUAAAAAAAUUAUUAUUAUUAGUUUUUUUUUUUUUAAAAUAAACAGCAAUUAUAUAUUUUGCUAACAUAAUUAGUAAAAAGUCCAGACAUAACAUAAUGACAUAAUAAUAUAAGAAGUUAAAAAUAGUACAUGUACAUCUUUUAGAAUUAUUAUUCAUAUUUGAAUAAAUUGCUCAAACGCGCGUCUGAUGUAUAUUUACUAAGGUUGGCACUCGAUCAAUAUAUAAUUAAAUAAAUAAUAAAAUACAUUUUAGAUGUAAGAUUAUAAUUAUAUUACAGUUAUUAAUUUUUAAUCAAUUGAUUUUCUAUCCUCGAUUGGCUGGUCAAAGUCCGACUUUUAAUAUUUUAUAUUUAUUUCAUAUAAAACUUAUUUAAAAAAAAAAAAGAUAUAUUACAACAACACGCAAAAUGUUGAAUACACUUAAUAAAAUAUUGAAUAAUUAAAAACUUUUUACCAAACAUGAAUGGAUUUUUUUUUUUUACUGCUUUAAAUGUUUUUGAAGAAUAGACAUAAUUUUAUUUAACUCAUCCUUUAAUUUACUUAGAAUUUAAAUAAUAAUCUUUUAAUUUAGCUUAAUUUAAAAAGUCAGUACGUGUUCAACCACAGACUAUUCAAUAAUUUCAAACUUAAGUCUCUAGUGGAAUGAGGAUUGCAGCAUAUCAGCAAUCAAAACUACAAAAAAAGCACUAAAUCGCUCCAAGAAAACAAAAACAAAAUUACAAAUUGACCAUAUUAAACUAAAAAACAUGCAAAUACAAUUUCACGACAAAUAACUAAUCAAAACUAACUCUUGGAAGAACUUUACAUAAAAUAUUAACUCUCUCCUUACAAUCAAAGAACUUAUAAAAAAAAAAAAAUGGAGCAAAACACCGGCCCCGACGGAUUACCUUUUUCUUUUAUCAAAAACUGUCUCAAUCAUCCCUAGACUUUUACUUAUAAUCUUUAAUCUCAUCUGAAUUAAUAACACGUUUAUCAAAAAAUAGAGAUCACAUAUAAUUCCCAUUUCAAAACUAGGCAAAAGCCCUUUUGAAAUAAACAAUUGUAGUCCGCUCUUAAAACCUCCAAAGAUCUUCGCUGAGUGUAACAUUUUUUCUAAUAGUCAUCAAUGACAUUGGCAAACACAUCGCACCUCCAGUUAAAAUUAUACACCGAUGACUGCAGCAUACACUAUUCAAGAUUAAACAUCAAAACAAGCUCGUACAAAAUUUAAUAAACAUCAAACAAUGGUCCUCAGAAACAGGUUUUAAAUUUCCCCCUGAAAAAUUUUAAGUAAUAUAUUCAACUGCAAAAAACUGAAUAAAUUAAAUCUAUUAGUUAUUUUAAAUGAGGAACGAAUCCAAAACCACACCUAAUUUUCUAUAACUCCUUGAUACAAUCUACAUUAGCCUACAGAUUAACCAUUUACAGGUCCAUCAACACUAUGAAAAUACUCAAUAUUAUAAAAAAAUCAGAAUGGUUAUCAAAUCAUUCAGUUUAAGUUUAGUGGCUGGUAUGUUAUGCAUAGCCAACUGCUUACCACUGGAUGUCAGACGAAAAUUCCUUUUUACUAAAUACGCAAACAAAAAGAUAUCUAUUCUCCAAAUAAACAUGAUGGAAACUAUUUCCUGAAACCAUUAUGUAUAAAGUUUCAUGACAUACUCUUAGAUAUAUUGUUUAAAAUUAAAAACAUAAAAUAUACAAAAUUCAUCUCAAGAAUCCCUCCAUGGAGCACAAACCACAUAGAAACCAAUAGAGAACUUACCUAACUCAAUAAAAAAGAUACUCCCCACAGACUAAUUAUUAAUACAUUCAAUGAAAUUAGUUUUAACACUACACACGCACAAAAAAACCACUCUUUCCAAACUUGCCUCUUUCUACAGCAUAUACACUACAGAAACUAUAGUAAUACUUAAAGCCAUUUCUCCCUCAAUAAUCAUAUUUGAUAAAGAAAAUGUUCUCAUCCUAAGUGAGUCCAUGAGUGCAAUUUCCUCAAACACAAAUGCCAAAUGCAGUUAUGCCUGAAGCAUUCAAAACAUAAUCCUCACAACAAAACUAUCAAACUUAUGUGGAUUCCAUCCCUUAUUGGCAUUCCAGGCAAUAAACACACUGAUGAAUUGGCAGCUAAAGCAGUAAGAACACCAGAAAUCAAAAUAUGCAUACACACGUGUAACAUAUAAAGACGUUAUUCAUGGUCUAAAAAUCAUAUGCCCCUCCCAGUAGCAAACCCAAUGAGAAAAAUAAAAUCAUAAACCAAAAAAUGGCCAAACCAUUUAAUCAAGCUUACCCUACACGAGAAGAUCAUGUGGCCACACAAGACUUAGCCAUUUAUACCUAGUGCGUAGGGAACCAAAACCCAUGUUUGAAACUUGUUUCUGCAUAGUCUAAAAGUCAAUUUUAUAUGUCUCACUUAUCAAUUUGCUCAAACAAAAUAAAAAAUAGCUGAUUUCACAUAUACAGUGUCCCACAAGGAUUUAACAAAUGAAACAAUUUUUAUUAUAUUUAAUAUUUCUGAUAAAUAUUAUAUAUUAAUAUUGGCUUCUCCUAGACAUAUUCAAUCAACAUAAACAACCUAGGUACCUAGACUUUUAUUUUUGCAUAAAACUUAAUGAUAAAUAGAAAAAUUUAGGAGAGCAUGGAAAAAAUAAAAUUUCAUAAAAAUAUCAUAUUAGCAUUUUUAAGAUAUCUUUUACUACAUCUAAUUGCUGAGAGUAUAUUCACUUUAUCUACAUCAAUAAUC